UGCUGUUAACUAUCAGCAUCUUGCACGAGAGCAUUCUGUUUGCGAGCGAUUUCCACUCACGUUUUUUUUUCUUUAAAUCAAAGUUAGUUUGAAAAGACUGCAGCGUAUCAUUUUGGCCCCAACCGAACACACUAGUUUUCUUUCCGAAAAUAAUGGAAGACGAGGAUGAUCCCGUCAUUGAAGAGAUUCCCGUCUAUCUGUCCAAAACAUUGGCUGAGAAUCUGUACUUGUUGCAGUAUCCGGUGAAGGCAUCCUCAGCAACAUUCGACGAUGGUCAGGUGGUAAACAGUUGUGUUAAACCAAUUAAUCAACAGAUUAAGGUGGACUACGCUUUGAACACAGCUUCGAAAAACUAUGACUCGUUCAAGGGAGAACAAUUCGCAAUUGCCGCUGAUGGUAAGGAUAAGGAUCGUCAGCAGCAGAAACCUACCUUCCGUAGUGGCACCAUGGAUAAGCAAUCUUUCCUCAGUUCCAAGCCUAUCGAAGACGUCAAUCGGUACAUGCUGUGUGUACUGCAGGACCGGGAAAUACAUGGUACUGCGUUGAAGGGUAUUAUUUCAAUGCGACAAGUGUUUUCCUAUUUCGAUAAGCAGGACAAGCGGACGAAGGCCGAAGAGAAAGCCGAACAGGAUGCGGACGCCGAUGAGGAGGAACUCAAGCAGGUCACCGUUAAGUUCGCCCGCACUGAGAACGAGAAGGUGCGGAAGGCUAGAGAAAAAUCGUUCAACUAUAUUGCUAAAAUGGAAUCGGAGGAACCAUGGUGCGAAACUUUUUGGCACACAAAAAACUCCACCGCUGCGGAGCUCGAAAGACAGAAACUGUACUGUGGCGGUUCCACUCGUAGUGGAAUCGAUGGUGCUCUGAAUGUUACCUCGGAUGAGUAUCUGGGUAUGUUAAUAAGUAAGGAAAAAACCGAUAGGAAUAUCGACUCUAUGCUGCCAAGUCGGGUCAUCAGUAUGCACAAGUUGAAGCAGAUGCCCCUUAUCGAUCAGAUAAAGAACAUUCUCAAGGAUGCGAAAGUGCUAACGUUCCAGCAAAUUAUUGACCUUCUGCCGGAUCGAAGUGUCGCCACGGAAAAAGUUCUCCGCACUCUUCCGAUGGCGGGUGUAUUAAUCCGGGGCAACUGGGUUGUCCAGUCGGACAUCAUCUACCCAGAAGGGAGCGUUUCUAGGACAAAUGGUGUUCCAGCAGAGCAGAUGUGCAAAGCACGGGAUUAUAUUCUCUAUCGAUACACCCAAUGCGAUACACUGGAGCGGCAUCAGCUAGCACUGAUUACCCAGUUGCCUACCGAAGAAAUACAUGAGAUUCUGAACUCGGUCGCGAAAUUGAACAGCGAUCGCAGCUGGAGUCUGCUGUUGCCACCGAACGAGGAUUUCUCAACCAAUGAGCUGGAAAUUAGUGAUAGGCAAAACGCUUUCUGGGCCGCCCAAGCGGACAAUUUCAACGAUAUGGAGAAGUGCACCAAGCGUUCACCCAAAAAGUCGACGCGAUCGGAUAGCAAGUAUGACGUAAAAAUGAGCAACGGAUAGCGAAAAGUACGCUUGUUAUGAGCCAAUUUAUAUUAUGUUAUGAAAUCAAUAAGCGAAACUAUUUAUACUUAUCGAUAAAAUGUAUAUGUAAGACAACAAAAGCAUUCGCUGUUAGUCCGAAUUCCC